UCUGGCCGACAAGCCCCGCCCGUUUUAGAACCUACUCUCACGUCAUUCAAGCGUGUGUUUCACGCAUGCGCAACGCCAACAGCGUAGAAACCAACAACAAACUAUGGCGGACGAACACACUGAUGCUGAGCAGAGCAUGGAGGGACACACUCCUGUCCCAGAAAAUCCUCAUGCAGAAUAUGGCCUCACUGAAAACAUCCAGAGAAUAGUGGAGAAUGAGAAAACAACUGCUGAAAAAGUGACCAAACAGAAGGUGGACCCUCAGACCCUGCAGACGCUUCCUACACGAGCGUAUCUGGAUCAGACUGUGGUUCCUAUUCUCCUGCAGGGCUUGUCAGUUCUGGCCAAGGAAAGGCCUCCAAAUCCCAUAGAGUUUUUAGCAGCAUUCUUACUGAAGAACAAGUCCCAGUUUGAGGAACGGAAUUAAAGGCACAGCGUGCUGCGGAAGACUUAGGAUUUCAUUUUUGGGUUUUUUUUGUGUUGUGAAUUUAAAUGUAAUGGUGUCACACUCUUCAGAUUGUUUGCCAAGGUUACUGUAGUUUUUUAAACUCUAAUAAAAUGUUCAAGCAGU